GCCAAACAUCACUCUACCUCACCCUGUUAUCCUCCAAUCUCUCUUAUCCCAUCUUCAAGCAACCAUGGUCGUCAUCACCAAGACCAAAUGGCUGAAAAGCACAGCCGAGCUCCAAACAUGCCUCGGAGUCAACUUCAAAACCUGCUUCAACUGCCAAGGCCACUCUGCCACAAAGUCAACCUGCGGCAACGCAGUCAGCCAGGCCUCGCGAUCCGAGAUACCGUUUGUGAUGCUCGACAUUAUAAACAGCAACGACUUGACAUCUGCCUCCGCUCACCUCCAGCGCCUCGCCAGUUUUGCCUUGUGCAAAAGAUCUCACCAGUCUCAGGCCGUCGAGAAGGCCACGCAGUGGAAAGCUCGAGUCAGGUCGUACCUGCAAGUCGGUGAUGAGACGGAGGUCAAGAUUCCUGUCGGACCGCAGCGCACCACUACGACUACUACCACGAUCAUGACCACGAUCACGCCGCCUUCCUCUCCUGUCGCCAACAAGAGGGAGGAGAGGCAGGCGGCCGCAACUACUAGAUCAUCACGGCGCAGUGCGGCGCCGCCUCCGGUCGCAGCGAGACGAGCCACUCGAGCGCCGAGGGGCUCGACACCGUCCACUGCUAUCCAUCUCGAAGAGGAUUCAGAAGAGGAUUGUGAAGAGAAGGAGACGCUUCCAGAACCCAAACCAGUCCGCAGUCGAACGAGAGGCGCCCGGGCCCCAUCGGUCAAGUGGGAGCUCAACGGCGGAGCUGGCUUACCUUACCCUUACCCAAGCCAAACGGAGGAUCGAGAGAACCUCGAGUAUGAACUCGCAAAGGCCAAGGCUGAGUUGGCGAUGUAUGACGCGUGGGCUAGACUUCGAAAGUUUGAGUAG